CAGAAAGGCUGAUAAAUAUAAACGAAGCAGCCGAAUUGCAUUGGAUUAAAUUGUGUUUAAUUGUUCAAGCAAUUUAUGCAUUUAUUAAAUUCUAAAAGUACACCAAUAUAAAAAUGAAUGAAAUAAAAAAUGGAAAAGUUAGUUUUCAUAUCAGUGGUGUUACUGAUAUUUAAAUAUCGCCCCUUAUAUUUCAAGAGUCUAAUGAAAUGGUAGUUAUUAAUGUAUAUGGAUUUAAUUAAUUUAAUGGCACAAUAAAGCCCUCCAAAUUAAGUAAACUUAACCAUUUGGUAAAUGAUAUGUGACAUCACCAUGGCAUUAUUAAUAAUGAAAUAUCAUUUUAAUUUAUCUAAUCUUAUCUAAUGUGAACAGUAAAUUAAUUGGAUUAGGUAUCUAAAUUUUCUGUGAUUACAGAAUUAUAGUUAGAACAUGUCUUCAGAAUCGAAUGAAAAUAAACUAUUUUUACCACCUCCUUAUUGUAAGACACCAGCCAAAUUUGAUGAUGUAUUCGAGGAAGAUGUCCAACUGUCGAAGUUGGAUGUAUUGGAUCCUGCAAAAGUUUUACAACUGUGUGAAAAUCUCACAGAUCGAACAACUAAACAGCUUGAGGUUAAAGUCAACAAAUUUCUAAAAUCUGUGUCUGAAUCAUCUACAGUUUUCUUAAUUAAUUUACUAAAUGUCUCCGAAGAAGCAGUAGUGCAAGUUGUAAUGGAUAAAAUAUUGGAUUCUGGUAUUAUUAUUCCAUUAUCAGAAGAAGCCAUUAGCAAUAUAGUAGAAUAUAAAGAUCACAGUUUAAAAUGUGCUGAUAAUUUAGAUCCCAAAAUUCAAGGAUUAAUUGACGAAAUUGUUCCAAAAGAAUCAACUGUUACAAUUAUUCCUGUGUUGGCAAUGGAACGAAGAGCUAAAAAACCUGAGAAACCUAUAGUUUGUCCUGUCUAUUUAGUUUGCUUUGUGAAUUCAGCAAAAAGCAAGACAUUCAUAUCAAAAUUAGUUGAUGAAAGUUUUAAAUAUUUUCUGACCCUACUUCUGAAUACAAGAGAAUGUGAGGAAGAGAGACGAUUAAAAAAACAAUGUCAGUCUUUACUUUCUGUAGCGAGAAAGCUGUUUUCACAUUUAGGUGACCUUAGUGAUUUACUGAAAGAAAUUAUGUCAGAAGCAAGAAGAUUGACUAAUGCAGAAAGAUGUUCCUUAUUUUUAUUAGACCCAGAUCACAUGCAUUUAGUGGCAAAGGUCUUUGAUGGUGUUAGUCCAGCAGAAAAAAGGACUGAAGUACGAAUUGCAAAAGAUCAGGGCAUUGCAGGACAUGUUGCUGCCACAGGACAAAUACUUAACAUAAAAAACGCUUACAAACAUCCACUCUUUUACAAAGGUAUGGACGAAGCAACGGGUUUUCACACCAGAAAUAUAUUAUGUUUCCCUAUUCGAGACGAAGACAAUAUUGUAGGGGUGGCACAACUUUGCAAUAAAAUUGAUGGCCAUUUUGAUUACUUCGAUGAACAAGUAGCCAAUGCAUUUAGUAUCUAUUGUGGUAUAUCCAUUAUGCAUAGUUUAGUGUAUAAACGAAUUCAGGAUGCUCAGGCAAGGAGUAAAUUAUCCAAUGAACUUAUGAUGUACCAUAUGAAGGUUAGCGAUCAAGACGUAGCAGAUGUUAUAACAUGUCCUUGUAAUCACGAUGAACCUAAUUUUUCAAAAUUCACGUUUACACCCAGAAAAAUUAUAUACAAAGAGACACCGUGCUAUGUAUUAAAAAUGUUUGAAGAUUUGAAAUUUAUGGAAUAUUUUAGAAUCAAAGAGGAAACUUUAAUAAGAUUCAUACUAUAUGUAAAGAGAGGCUAUAGAGAUCUUCCAUACCACAAUUGGCUUCACGCUUUCUGUGUUGCCCAUUUUGCAUAUUUAUGUUUGAAGAAUUUUAAAUUAGUUGAAAAUGGUUAUAUUUCAAAAUUGGAAGCAUUGGCUUAUUUUGUGUCAUCUCUAUGCCAUGACAUAGACCACAGAGGAACAACUAAUUCGUUCCAACAACAAUCCAACAGCGUUUUAGCCAGUUUAUAUUCUAGUGAAGGAUCUGUUAUGGAAAGACACCACCUUUCUCAAACAAUAUGCACAUUAAAUACAGAAGGAUGUAAUUUUUUGGACUCCCUAAAUCGUCAGGAUUACAUUAAAUGUCUUGAUCUCAUUAAAGACAUGAUACUAGCUACAGAUUUAGCUACCCAUUACAAUAUCCAUUCUAGGCAAUUAGCAAUGGCUGAGGAAGGGUAUGAUAAAACAAAUCCAGAACAUCGUUACUAUUUAUGUAGCCUCCUAAUGACAUGUGCCGAUCUAUCUGAUCAAACAAAGGAUUGGUCGGAAACUAAAAGGGUUGCUCAGUUGAUUUAUUCAGAAUUCUUUGCGCAAGGUGAUCUAGAAAAGAAAAUGGGGAAAGAACCCGCAAAUAUGAUGGACAGAGAAAAAGCAUCGAUUCCUGAUCAUCAAUUAGAAUUUCUUAAAGAAUGCUGUAUUUGUAUAUUUAAGAUAUUAGCUAUGACGUUUCCUUCUGCCAACAUUCUUGUUGACGCAAUAUCACGAAAUAUAAUAUGUUGGGAGGCUUCAAAGACUAUUUUUAAUAAACUGUGUGUUGAGGACAAGACUUCAUAUGAAGUGUUAGUAAGCGAUGAAUUAGAACAAGAGAUCCAAGCGAUAUUAAAGAAUAUAUGUAUAUAAAUGUUACAAGAAAAACUGGAAGUGCAGAUUGCAGCGUUAUAUACAGAUUACAAGCAUAUAAAUAUUAACUAUCAAAGACAAGUUUGCAAUAACAUGUAUGUCUGUCUCUGUUUACUUAUAGAGUGUGGUUAAUAAUAAUAAUAAGACAUAAUACGAAAUUCUAAUGUAGAUCUUAAAAAUGGGAUGAUUAUUGGUUUCCAAUUGACAAUUUUGUGGAUGUUUGGAAAUAUUAGAUUCAUAAUUUUUAACCACAUUCUCAAAUGUGUACUAAAAAUGUGAUAUGAUUUCAAAUAAAUGUACUUACCUUAGGCAAAUAAGGCAUAAAAGACAAAUAAAAUUUAGAACACGAAUUAUAUAAUAUACUUUUAAAUGUAUUUCCUUAUUUGAUCAAAUU